AUGCUCGCAGCGCCUGCGCACCCUUCAGCUACUGCCACGCCAACAAUUCCCAACUGGACCCCUUCCUCGACGGUGGUUCCUUCGACCUUAAAAGAGAAUAGCGAUCAGCCUUGCAAUGAUCCACGCUUGUCCCACAUCGAGACCCCUGCCGCUGCCCUCACACCCAACUCUCACACGCCAUCGCCACUUUCGGAGACCCGGCGUAUCCCGUACACGCUCUACCACCGCCGUGCGAAUACGGAGGUAAUUCGGCCGCGCGAGAUUCGGCCAGGAUCUAGGCAGUUAUUCAGAGACCAGCCCCAGAGCUUCGAGGACCUAGACUACACUCGAACACGGCCUCUCCCUCCGAACGAGAAUUCCGCAAGGAAGAAAUUUGAAGUCGGCGCAAAGCUGUUGACGGAUCUGUUCCAGGGCAAGUCCGAACAAGUCAACCUGGGACUCCUGUACCGUCAGGAAGAUCAAACAUCGGACAUGGCUUCGACUGGAAUGGAUGGUUCGGGCAGCCAGGAGUCCUAUAGUCCGUCAUACACUACCUCGAGUCUCACAAGCCGCUCUCAGAAACGGAUGACUGCGCCAUCCCCAUUGAAGCAAGUAACAUCAACAAAUCCUCUGUCAUUCUUCGGGUUGAAACGUCAGGCUGAGACGAAACUCGACCUUCCCGAGCCCGCGGAAGAUGAGCUUCUGAACCUAGAUGUUGGCGCUGCGUUAUUCCCUCCCGACUCAAACGGCUUGGGCCAUCAGGAAGCCUUCGAUUCUCUACGGCAUAAUGCGGAGAACGUUAUUCGGCGGUUGCAGGCAGCCUACAAAGAACGGACAUUCGCGCUACACGAGGUGCUCAACGAGAAGACAGAAAAACAGGAAGAGCUCGAGGAGACGCGAACACGCAUCGGACACCUCAAAAUCCAGUUGGAUGGGAUGGCUGAAAAGGUUCUCCGCCAGGAGAAAGCUAUGAAAGCCAUGGCAGAGGAGCUCGAGCAAGAAAGACAGCUGCGCCAUCGGGAGGAAGAAGCCCGUCGACGAAGCGUGAUGCUCGUUAAGCCCAGCGCCGAUGAUGAAAGUAUAUCUGACAUAUCGAUCGAGCUCCAAGCCCCAAAGUGGAGCUUGAAACGGGCGAGCAACGGAACUCUUCCCAGUGACUCCGGCUUCGAGUCAGGAGACGAAAGUCUGGCAGAAAGUGUCUUCUCACGUCGGGAAGGACUCGAGUCCCCGGCCUCAACGAUCGCACCUUCGCCGAAUACCUCACUGAUCGCACUCCCCAUCCCACCGUCUGCUACCCUGCAGCCUAUUCAAAAAGAACCCAAAGCUCCCGCACCUCCUGCUCGCCAGUCCACGUACGAUAAGGUGAUGAAGGGGCUCACGUCUAGUGGGAUCACCAGUGCUUGGGCCGGCAGUAACUCCAAAUGCAGGAUCUGCCAUGGUGUACCUUCUGCCGAGGCCUGGAGUGUUAUGGGUGUCCUGAAGGAGGAGAAUAAGGGGCUCAAGUUACGACUCGGUGAGCUGGAGAUGGUGAUAGACGACUGUUUGAGCCUUGUUGGGCCUUGA